AUGAGCCCCAGUGCCUUAACUGGGGAUGUGGAGAAGAAGACAGGGAAGGUGCUGGGGGAGUUCUGCAGGUGCUACAAGGAGCAGUACGGGGUAGCUCUGUUCAACAGCGUCCGCUAUGAGAUCGAGGGCAACGGGGGCCCGCAGGCACAGCUGCUGCACCGCAAGGUCCCUCUGGAGGACCAUGUCAUCUACUCGGGCAACAUCUUCCAGUACAUCGAGGAGAACAAGAAGUGGCGGAACCGGUUCUGCGUCGUCCCGCACAACUACGGCCUGGUCCUCUACGAGAACAAACUGGCCUACGAGCGGGAGCUGCCGCCCCGUGUGCUGGUCAACAGCGCCGGCUACAAGGUGCUCACCUCCGUGGAGCAGUACCUGGAGCUGGUGAACAACAGCCUGCCUGGUGUGACACCCAAAUCGGGGCACUCCCCCAUCCUGAAGUGCCCCACGGAUUUCCCCCUCAUCCUCUGGCACCCCUAUGCCAGGCACUACUAUUUCUGUGUGAUGACGGGCAAGGAGCAGGACAAGUGGCGAGCGGUGUUCCAGGACUGCGUCCGGCACUGCAACAACGGGAUCUCUGAGGACUCCAGGGUGGAGGCUCCAGCCUUCACGGACGCCGUGCGCAUGUACCGCCAGGCCAAGGAGCAGUUCGGCACCUGGGACAUGCUGUGUGGGAAUGAGACCCAGGUCCUGAGCAACCUGGUGAUGGAGGAGCUGCUGCCCGAGCUCAGGAGCACCAUCGGCCCCCGGCUGAAGGGGAAGGCUCCGGAGCGCCAGCGGACCUGGAUCCAGAUCUCAGAUGCCGUGUACAGGAUGGUCUAUGAGCAGACCCAGGCCCAGUACGACGCUGCCAGGGCGCGCUGUGAGCAGGAGCGGCCCCGGCUGGAGAGCACCAUCCGCACCGACAUGGACCAGAUCAUCACCUCCAAGGAGCACCUGGCCAGCAAGAUCCGAGCCUUUGUGCUGCCCAAAGCAGAGGUCUGUGUGAGAAACCACGUCCAGCCCUACAUCUCCUCCAUCCUGGAGGCCCUGAUGACCCCCACGAGCCAGGGCUUUGCCGAGGUGAGGGAGGUGUUCUUCAAGGAGGUGACGGACAUGAACAUGAACGUCGUCAACGAGGGUGGCCUGGAGAAGCUGGUGGAGUACAUGGAGAAGCUGUCCCACCUGGCCUUCCACCCCGUGAAGAUGCAGUCGUGCUAUGAGAAGAUGGACCAGCUGAAGCUGGAGGGUCUCCAGCAGCGAUUCGAUGUCUCCAGCACGUCUGUCUUCAAGCAGAGGGCCCAGAUCCACAUGAGACAGCAAAUGGAUGAUGCCGUGCACACCUUCGAGACGCUGCUGCACCAGGAGCUGGGGAAGCUGCAGGGCAAGGACGACCUGUGCAAGUCCAUCCAGCGCAUCCUCGAGAGGGUGCUCAAGAAAUUUGACUACGACAGCAGCACGGUGAGGAAGAAGUUCUUCAGGGAGGCCCUGCUGCAGAUCACCAUCCCCUUCCUGCUGAAGAAGCUGGCACCCACCUGCAAGGGGGAACUGGCCAAGUUUCAGGAGCUGAUCUUUGAGGACUUUGCCAGCUUCAUCCUGGUGGAGAACACCUACGAGGAGGUGGUGCUGCAGUCAGUCAUGAAGGACAUCAUGCAAGGGUGCUGGGGGCUGCACAAGGAGGGGUGA